CGUCCUCGGUGUGGCCCAGCAGGCGCUGUCGGAGAAUUCCGAAAUAUUCAUUACGUCUGGCUCAAAAUGUAUGGAAACUACUAGCAGCCCAGACACUCACGCAGUUCUUCUGGUUCACAAUGAUCGUGGAGCAGCCGGUGGGCUGGUUCUUGCUGCGCGGCUGGUGCUUCAGUGCCUGGGGCAGAAUCUCAUCCAGGUGCAGUAGAAACAGCUGGGAAACAGAGGAUGGCUAAUUUGAGUGCUUCUGAAGAAGCCACUUAGGCUAAUCGAAUUUGGAUAGAUACUUCAAUGCCCCAUUUAGGGGUCGAUCGGAUAAGCCCCCUUCGUGCGGAAGGUCUGAGUGCCGAGCAGUCCACGAUGAGCGGCCGCCUGGGUCGGGUCCUGGAGUUCCACCUGCGGCUCUACCAAGUGCUCGGCUUUCACGGACUGCCCCUGCCGAGCGACGGAAGUCCGGCGCGCACCCGACGGCAGCUGAUGGCCUGGAGCCUGUUCCUGCUGGUCUCGCUGAGCAGCCUGAUCAUCACGUGCCUGACCAGCAGCGAGGAGUUCCUCUACCGCGGCGACAUAUUCGGCUGUGUCAACGACGCCCUAAAGUACGUAUUCGCCGAGCUGGCCGUGGCGGCCAUUUAUCUGGAGACCCUGAGCAGCCAGCGGCACCUGGCCAACUUCUGGUGGCUCCACGCCAAGCUGGGGGGGCGGCGACUGGGUGCGGCCAGCCUGCGGAGCGAGUUCCAACAGUACCGCCGCUACCUGGUCUCCCUCUACGGGAUGAUGUGCUCCGAGCUGCUGCUCCAUUUGGGCUUGUGGCAGGUGCAGCCGUUGACCAACCACAUGUUCCUGUUCUGGAGCAGCUACGAACCGCUCGUGUGCCUCACAUACAUGCGAAACAUACAGUUCGUGCUGCACCUGGAGCUGCUGCGGGAGCAGCUAACCGCCCUGGAGCGCGAACUGGGCCUACUGGCGGAGUACUCGCGAUUCGCCAGCGAGACCGGCAGGAGCUUCCCCGGCUUCGAGAGUUUCCUGCGCCGGCGACUGCUGCACAAGCAGCGCCUCUACAGCGACGUGUACGACAUGCUCCAGUGUUUCCUGGGCGCCUUCAACUUCUCCAUCCUGGCCGUCCUGCUGACCAUCAACAUCCGCAUCGCCGUGGACUGCUACUUCAUGUACUACAGCAUCUACAACAAUGUGGUCAACUUAGAUUACUACCUGAUCUUGCCCGCCUUGCUGGAGAUUCCCGCCUUUAUAUACGCCUCGCAGAGCUGCAUGGUCGUUGUGCCCAGGAUCGCCCACCAGCUGCACAAUAUUGUCACUGAUUCCGGCUGCUGCAGCUGUCCCGAUCUCUCCCUGCAGAUCCAAAACUUCUCGCUGCAGCUGCUGCAUCAGCCGAUAAGAAUAGAUUGUCUGGGCCUAACCACACUGGAUUGCAGUCUCCUCACGCGGAUAGCCUGUUCGGUGGGAACCUACAUGAUCUACACGAUUCAGUUUAUACCCAAGUUCAGCAAUCAGUACAUGUAGAUAUAGCAAAGGAUUC